CACGCCGGUCUCUCUGCAUGCGGAGAUCACGAUGCACUACGUACAAUGCCACGUAGAGGAAGAAGAGAUAGCAGCUCUGCUCUCAUCCAUUCCAUACCCGUUGCUACGUUGCGUGCUCACAUCUUCACUUGUUUUCCCGAAGGAGAAGGAGGCAGGCAGCCGCCAUGCCGUGCGUUACAGUACGGGCGGCCACGGCGGAGAUGGACCGCGCCUUCUCUCAUCUCCGCCCGGGCUUUAGGUUUCAUCCCACGGAUCAGGAGCUCGUCCGCUUCUUCCUCCGGCGCAAGAUCCUCCUGGGCCACGGCGGCUUCAUCCCCGAGGUGGACCUCUACAAGUUCGAGCCCCAGGACGUACCAGGUACAAUUCUAUUCUCUCCGGUCCGGCGGACACCUGUUUCAAAUCACACACAUUAUUCAUGCAUUUCAUUCUCACCGAGCACAGGCGACCCUGGGGCCAAAGUUGAGUGGUACUUGUUCACGCCGAGGGGACGGAAGUACCCAACCGGGCUUCGCAUGGAACGGGCGACGCCCAGAGGGUUUUGGAAGUCCACCGGGAAGGACCGCCCCGUCAUGCACAACGGCAUCGUCGUCGGUAUGAAGAAGACGCUUGUGUUCCACAAUGGCAAAGCACCUUGCGGCACACGGACCGACUGGGUCAUGCACGAGUACCGUCUCCACGGCCACCACAUCCAGGACACAUACGCGUUGUGUCGGGUCUUCAACAAGAACAUGGCGUCCCCGUCGACGAAUGCGUCCGGUGAUGCCGACACAUAUGAGGAUCUAACGCAAUUCGUGCCCGGUGUCAUCGACAUAGUUCAUCUUGGGCGAUGA